AUGGCGGCCGCUGCGGCGGGCUCGCGCGGGGCUGGCGGGGGCGGCUCGCGCUGGUUCUUCAGCCGGGAGCAGCUGGACAGCACGCCGUCGCGGCGCUGCGGCGUCGAGGCCGACAAGGAGCUCUCGUACCGGCAGCAGGCUGCCAACCUGAUCCAGGACAUGGGCCAGCGGCUCAACGUAUCACAACUUACAAUAAAUACUGCAAUUGUUUACAUGCACAGAUUUUAUAUGCAUCAUUCCUUCACAAAAUUUAAUAGAAAUAUUAUAUCUCCUACUGCAUUGUUUUUGGCUGCAAAAGUAGAAGAACAGCCACGGAAACUUGAACAUGUUAUCAAAGUAGCGCAUGCUUGCCUUCAUCAUCAAGAACCACAGCUGGAUACCAAGAGUGAUACAUACCUUCAACAGGCACAAGAGCUGGUUAUACUUGAAACAAUAAUGCUUCAAACUUUAGGUUUUGAGAUUACCAUUGAGCAUCCACACACAGAUGUUGUGAAAUGUACGCAGUUAGUGAGAGCAAGCAAGGAUUUGGCACAGACAUCCUAUUUCAUGGCUACCAACAGUCUUCAUCUUACUACAUUUUGUCUUCAGUACAAACCAACUGUGAUAGCAUGUGUGUGUAUACAUUUGGCGUGCAAGUGGUCCAAUUGGGAGAUUCCUGUAUCUACUGAUGGAAAGCAUUGGUGGGAAUAUGUAGAUCCUUCUGUUACUUUAGAAUUACUUGAUGAGCUAACACACGAGUUUCUUCAGAUAUUGGAGAAAACUCCCAGCAGGCUAAAGAGGAUUCGAAAUUGGAGGGCUAGUCAAGCUGCUAAAAAACCUAAAGGAGAUGGUCAAGCAUGUGAGAAUUCACUUCUUGGUUCAUCUUUGGUUCAGAAUUCCAUUUUGGCAGAUGCCGUUGCAUCUUCAAACUCAAGUUUCCAAAAACAGUUGGCACCUACAUUUCCAGCCCCAGUUCCUCUGAACUCAGGAAGCAUUUCUGUUCAAGAUGGUCAAGAAAAUCUGACAAUGAUGACGGCAGGAAUGCCAAGUACCUCAUACAGUUUGUCCACCCACCAAGAAUGGCCCCAGCACCAAGAACACACAAGGACAGAACAGAUAUAUUCUCAGAAACAGGAUAUUUCACUCCCUGGGGGUCAGUUCAACAUAAACUUUCAACCAAACACUUCACUGCAGUUACAUUCAGGAUUGCAUCAUCGACCUGACAAACACUCAGAGCAUUCUACUGCACAGAAACCAGGAAACAAACACCACGGACAACCUGCUGCUGCCGCCCCCGUAAUUAUUCCUCAGAAAAUGUCAUUGGAUAAAUACAGAGAGAAACGCAAGCUAGAAACACUGGAACUUGAUGUAAGAGAACACUACAUAGGCACAGAACCUCAGUGCAAAAAGCACAUACAGUCCCAAGCAGCAAGUAGCAGUUCUGCAAAUUCCCCUAUUAAAAUGAAAAUUCCUGUUACAAAUGCAGAGAAGCCAGACAAAAACAUGCCUGACAAAAAAGAAAAGGGUGGUUCACUGAAACUGAGGAUACCCAUUCCACCCUCAGAAAAGAAUCUCAGUAAAGAAGAUCUGAAAAUGAAAAUUAAAGUCUCUUCCUCAGAGAGACAUAGCUCAUCAGAUGAGGGCAGUGGGAAAAGCAAGCACUCAAGUCCUCAUGUUGGCAAGGACCACAAGGAAAGGCAUAAGGAAUAUUUUGCAAACCGCCAUCAUUGUAGUAGUCAUAAACAUUCUCAUUCUGCCAGUGGCAGCAGUAGUAGUGGUGGCAGUAAACAUAGUAGUGAUGGAUUGACGCCAGGUGUUCUGAGGAGUCCCAUUGGCUUGAGCAAUGAUGGAAAUUCUUCUAGUUCCGGAUCUUCAAGAAAGAAGCUGCACAGCAAUGAUGCUUCUCACAACCAUCACUCCAAAAUGAGCAAAAGUUCGAAAAGUUCAGGUGGGCUACGGACAUCUCAGCACCCUCGUGAAACUGGACAAGAACCCAGUGGAGAACGGCCCUGAUGCCAGUCACGAGUACAGUACAAACAGUCAGCAUAUGGACUACAAAGACACAUUCGACAUGCUGGAUUCACUGUUAAGUGCCCAAGGAAUGAAUAUGUAAUCAGUUGUUUAGACCCCUUUCCCCCAUUUUUAUUUAAGAAUUAUUAGAAUGGAAACCUUCCUAAUCUUGGAUGAGCAACCCCUGAGUUGCUGCUCCAGUUUAUAUAUAGACAUAUAUAUAUAUAUACACACACACAUAUACAUACAUACAUACAUAUAUAUAUGUAUGUAUAUAUAUAUAUAUAUGUAUGUAUGUAUGUAUGUAUGUGCUGCUCUGAAAAGAAGAGGUGUAGUAAAAUGAGCCGGUCUUCACGUAUAAUAGUAUUAUAAAUACUGUAAAGACAUGGAAGAUGCACAGAUUUAUUUCUGCAACCACAAUUAAGAACCGCAAAUUUGAUGGCUGUUCCUAGCUGCAUCAAAUGUUUGUGCAUUGAUUAUUUAUAACAGAAUAUGCCAGCUACAACUUGUUGCUUGGUUUGUGAAUGAGUGUAUUUUUUGUGUAUUUAUACUGUAUGUAUGAUUUGCAUGUUUCAAAGAAGGGAUAUGUAAAAUAUACUGACAAUGUUUACAACAAACGUGGAGAGAAGUGUACAUACAUUUUUGUAUGUUUAGAUAUACCAUUAAUACUCAGGAUUGGAGCUGCUUGUAAGUAUAACCGAUAUACAGAACAUUUAUGUCAGAAUCCAUAAGUAAUACAAACAAAAGUGGCACUUCUUGUUAAACUGUAGGCCUUAUUGGAAGCCACUUCCCAAGAGCACUUCACAGAAUGGGGAUUGUGUGCUGGCUGUUGCCAGCAAAUGGCACAGCAUCCCAGCUGAGGCAAUGUGAAAACUGCUCAGGCCUCUGUUAGUGAUUUUCUUUAAGAAAACUCAGUUUACUGCUGGGCGUCCUUAACUUUCAGAAGGGGAAAAAGAAAAUAAAGUUUAUAUAGUCUUUUUGAUGUGAAAGUGCAUUUAAAUGUUUGGCUUGGUGCAGUAAUAGAGACACAAAGCUGUUAAUAAUGGUUAUAUAGAUUAACAUGAUUUAAGAACUGAAAUACGUAAACUUAUAUAGUGAAAUUAGUUAAGUUUUUCUUUUUAAACUUAAGUUAUUAAUGGACAGGGAUCACUGUUUUUCAUUAGCAUGUCAUACUGACAGCCACGUUUUGAAUUCCAAAAAAGUGUGUGUGACGUGAGUGAAAUGCCAUAUUUCUUUUACAGGUGGAAUACUAUAUAUUUGCAAUAAAUAAAUACAAAUGUUGGUAUCCCAACUUCUCCCUUAUACUUAGACAAUAAAAUAACCAUCACGUAUGCUACGUGAAUUGUACUUGUGAUUGUAGUUAUCAAAACUGGAGGGGUUUUUUUCCGGCUCUGAAUAAUCACUCUCCAAUUAAACCACUAAGUAUACAUUUUAAUGGCUGUGUCAUCUUACUGUUUUGCAGGCACCUGCCCCUAUGACCAUUAUGAAUGUUGAUGGGUUUCUGUUAAAGGCCAAUGUUCCUCUUUUACUAGCUUGACCCUAAAUGCAUGGAAGUUACCUCAGCAAAAAUUCAGUAUUGUAGCAAGUGUUACAUACUGGGUAUUUAAUGUACAGAUUAUAAUAAGUUGUCCUCCCUGUCUGAGAGGGAGCCACUACUUAAAUGUGUUCUUGCACAGCUUGUGUUCUAACUUGAUUACAAACAUUUCAGAAGUGUGUCUGUUUUAGGCCUUUUAGGUACACAAAAGUGCUUUAAAAUCAAAAUGGGGUAAGCAUGUAUCCAGUUUGUGGUUACAGUAUGCUGUGACUACUUAUGCAUCAAUUACUAUGUAAUAUUUAGUUGCCAGUAAUACAAAACUUUGUACUACUUGAAUAUGCUUAUUUGAACUUUGGGUAUGUUUUUUAACACUUCAUGAACAUGGAUAAUAUGAAUAAUGUUGUCUUCAGAUUUUAAUCUACUCCUUUGCCCUUUAAUCUGCCUCAUCCAAAACUGUUAAUUCUUUACCCUUGUAACUCUACAUUGAAAGAAUAUUUCUUAAACCCUGUAUUGUGAAAUUUAGUCCUGCAUUGUUGCAUAUUUUUUAGCCUUUUUUACACUCCUUUCUACCUCAUCUGUGCUUUUAAAUCUGAGGGCAGGGAUUUCAUACAGUGUAAGCAAAAAUUAAAAUGUCUUAAACUACAAUGCCCAGUAGGAAGAAGAGAACCAGUAAAUGUUUACUUCAAAUAAAAUUGAUUUACAAAGCCUCA